UUGCCUAUUAGGAUUCUUUCCCUCCGUUUAUCUCUCCUGCACGAUUUUCCUGCCCUUUCAUCAUCGCCUCUUCUUCUCUUCGCAUUCUUCGUUUUUUAAACUCUGUUCUUGCAUCUGUGACUUGGUGUGUGCAUCUGCUCUCGGUAUGCCAACUACUAAAGUCAUGCAUCUGAUUUAUGGUAAGGAUUGUUGUUUGUCCACUUCAGGUUAUUGCUUACUCAACUAAAUAUCAUAUUCAAGCAGGGAAGAGAUAAACAAAGCAUUAGGUUUGGUUAGCCACUGCUACCUCGAUUCGACGACCUAUUUCAUAUAAUACGUUAGGAUUUUUUGAAGAUGCAAGGGUUUUGUUGCUCGGUCUUGGGUGUUGAUUAAUUUGUUUACUCCAAUUGCAUUGUUUGUUGCUCGAACAAUACACUCUUUAAACGGGACCAUCCAUGUUCUCCUUCUGGUUGUCAUAUUAGGAUGGUGCAAUAUAAUUUGUGCUAUGACUCUGAUUCUCUUCACUUUCAAAUCAUAGGACUAGAGGCUAGAGCUCAUAUGCAGAGAGCCAGUAGAUUGAAAGAGUACCUGCUCUGUUGGACUGCCCUUUUUGUAAGAGAAACCAAAGGACUGGAGUUUUAUAACCCAAAAUGAUUGGCCGUGUAUGCUACGUGAGCCUUCCACUGUCCCAUGUGCACCAUAACAUCGAAACAAAUAAACCAAAUUCAAGCUUUGAUUCUCAAAGCCCCUCACCCCAAAACCCUGAAUCAGCUACUGAAACUCCUAGCGAACUCAGAUACUCCACAAAAUGCCUUUCUCCUCUACAACCAAAUGCUUCACCACCCAACAUGUCACAAUAAUUACACAUUUUCUCAUGCCCUCAAGGCCUGCUUCGUGUCCCACUCGCACCAAAAGGGCCUGGAGAUCCAUGCCCGGGUUGUCAAGUCGGGUCACCUUUCCGAUAUAUUCAUUCAGAACUCCUUGAUUCAUUUCUAUGUGACCCAGAAUGAGAUUUGCUCUGCUCGCCGGAUUUUCAACUCUAUAUCCGCCCCCGACGUCGUUUCAUUGACUAGUAUUAUUUCUGGGCUUUCUAAGUGUGGGUAUGAAGAGGAGGCUUUACUCAUUUUUUCAAAAAUGAACGUGAAACCCAACUUGGCUACCCUUGUUGGUGUUGUCUCUGCUUGUUCUGGUUUAGGCGAUCUUGGGCUUGGUAAAUCGGUGCAUGGUUAUAGUUUGAGGAGUUUGGAUGUUAAUGGGAUUCUGUUGGAUAAUGCAUUGCUGGACUUUUACAUGAAAUGUGGGGAUUUCUUGAGUGCAGAGUACCUGUUUGUGUAUAUGCUGAAGAGAGAUGUGGUGUCUUGGACUACAAUGGUUGGCGGUUAUGCACGGAGAGGAUUUUGUGAAGAAGCUGUUAGGAUAUUUAAAAACAUGGUGCAAGAAGGAGAAGCCGAGCCUAAUGAGGCCACUCUGGUGAAUGUGUUGUCAGCAUGUUCUUCUGUCAGUGGGUUAAGUUUGGGGCGUUGGGUGCACUCUUAUAUUUAUUCACGUCCCGAUCUUUUAGCCUAUAGUAACAACGUUGGAAAUGCUCUUCUCAAUAUGUACCUUAAAUGUGGGGAUGUAGACAUGGCAAUUCAAGUUUUCAACACUCUUAUUCACAAGGAUAUCAUAUCAUGGAGUACCAUUAUCCGAGGUAUGGCAAUGAACGGUUGUGUUAAGCAAGCAUUGCAGCUCUUCUCAUUGAUGUUGGUUCAUGGGAUAGUUCCUGAUGAUGUUGCCUUCCUAGGUUUGUUAUCUGCGGGCAGUCAUGCAGGGCUUGUUGGUCAAGGGUUGAUGUUCUUCAAAGCUAUGGAAAGUGUUUAUGGGGUUGUACCUCAGAUGCAACAUUAUGCAUGCAUGGUUGAUAUGUAUGGACGAGCUGGGAGGUUGGAGGAAGCAGAGGCUUUUAUUAGAACAAUGCCUUUACAAGCUGAUGGGCCGGUGUGGGGAGCUCUGCUCAAUGCUUGUAGAAUACAUGGAGAUGAUGAGAUGUUCAAGCGAAUCAGGGUGGGACUCCUCAACUCAAGAGGAGUGAGCAUUGGAACAUUUGCGUUAUUAUCGAACACUUACGCCAGUUCUGAUCGAUGGGAUGAUGCCAAUGAGGUUCGUGAUGCAAUGAGAUCAAUGGGGUUGAAGAAGAUGGCUGGUCGCAGCUGGAUUGAAACUGUCCCAGCCAACUCUGGACAGGACUUUGAUGCAUGUCUUGCUGAGGCAGCAAAGUAACACUCAAUCGCAAUGACAGGUUCUCCAGGAAACUAUGAUAAAAUGGUGAGUUGGCCAGGAAACUAUGACUAUGAUCAAGCGUGACUGCACAGAACAUAAACAAGUCAACAACCAUAGCACUUCGAAGGGUAAUUGUGUUUUUGUAGCUGGUCAAAGGCCACAAUAAGGGCCUCCCGUUCCAAUUGAUGAAAAUGAAUCAAUGUUUUCUUUUUAUACAUUGCCCAUGUAAACUUAACAUCAGAAAUGAAGACACCCUUGAAUUGUAUGCAA